AUGGCCGAGGCGGACGCAGCGGACAGCGGCUCUGAGCCCCCGGGCCUCGCGCCCCAGGCCCCUUCGGCGGCGGCGGUGGUCCUUCCUUCGCCGUCGCUCGCGCUCCCGUUCGAGGACUCGGAGUGUAAGAUCUGCUACAACUACUUCGACCUGGACCGGCGCGCGCCCAAGCUGCUGGAGUGCCUGCACACGUUCUGCGCGGAGUGCCUGCACGCGCUGCACCUGCGCGAGGAGCGCCCGUGGCGCGUCACGUGCCCCGUGUGCCGCCACCGCACGCGCGUGCCGGACUGCCGCAUCCGCGCGCUGCCCUGCAACACCAAGGCGGCCGCGCGCUUCCCGCUGUGCGCGCGCGCCGACCCACUGCCCCAGGACGCGCUGCCGCCGCACCCGCCCCCGCUGCACCCGGCGCUGGCGGCGCUGCGGCGCGGGGACGAGCUCAGCGCCAGCGCCAGCGCGGGGACGAGCACGAGCACGAGCGUGGGCGCGGGCGCCAGCACGCCCUCGUCGGCCACCACGCUCUCGCGAGACUCCGUGUCCGUCUCGGUCUCCGUCUCGCGGCCCGGCUGCAGGAGGCUCGCGCUCGCCGCUGGCUGCGCGUGCGUCGUCUUCUCUUUCCUCGCCAUGCUCGUGCUGCUCUUCGUGGGGCUCGUGUUCGUGCACGGACACGGAGGAGGAGGAGGAGGAGGGUCGACGUCACCGACGACGUCAUCAUCCGCCGGCCCCGUGUGUUUGUCCGUCGCCAGCGUGCUCGCCAUGGUCGCCGUGGUGGUCACGUGGCUCCUCUGCUGGCUGAAGUACAGGCCGGAGCGCGAGACUGGAGCAGGACGCGCCUCGGCCACGAGCACGGGGAGCAGGAGGAGCGCGUGAAGGAGAGAGAGGGAAAGAGAGAGAGAGCUUUACAGUGUUGGGGACUCGAACCUGCAGUUAUUGGAACAGUUAAUUUAUUCUGUGUGUGUGUGUGUGUGUGUUUGGGGGGGUGUAUGUGGUGAAUACUGUGUGUGUGUGUGUGGUGCUGUUGGACUCACCAUUACAGUGUUUGGGACUAUGCUUAAAGGGGAACUCCACCGCAUUUUCAAAAUUCCUACUUAAAUAAACGACCAAGAUGUAAACAGAGCCGUUCAGAGUCGGUUUGGCGUGAAACGCUCUG